AUGGGGAGCCCAGGAGAAGCUAUUGCGAAAUACAAUUCGGCAAUUGAAAAAGCAAAAGCAAACAGCGACCGGCUGUGGCUUGCGGGUGCGAUGGAGGGAUGGUCAGCAGCCCAUGUGCUGAAUCAUGUAGGUUCGGGGGGAUCGGUGAGUGAUCCGUUGCUCUCUGAUCGGCUCAUCGAACACUACACUGAGAUCUACAAGCUCUACCAAAAGAAGCGGGUCGCAGAGCCAGAGGCAGCAGCAGCACUGAGACUAGCGGAGUUUCUGGGUCGAUGGACUAAUCGAAGAAAAGAUGCUCUUGAUGCAGCAGGGCACGCUGCCACUGUCGGUGAGGGGUUGAGGCUACAAAAACGAGCUGUUUUAUGGCAAGCAUUGGCCAGGUUCAGCGAUUGGAUGGGUUGCCGGAGAAAGGCCGCGCUGUAUCUAUAUCGACUUGGACAUCUCAAUGCGUCACAAUCGAUCUGGUCCUCUGCAGUCACGUUGAUGAUUGCAUCUGAGCGACAGCUUACGAAAGGUGCAAAAAAACCAUGGGCAAGCUUAAAUCGUCGGGUACUGCUGACCGCUGCGCAGCACGCUGAGGAAGCAGGAGAUUUGCACACAACAGCUCGGUUACGAGUAGAGGCCCUGGUCGUUGCCCCGCAAGGGACCACGGAAAGAUCGGAGGACGAUAAGAAGCUCCUUGAAGCACUUAGCACUGUGCAAGUGCCAGCGCAUUUGCCAGCCGCUACUCAUGUUGUUCGCCUUGGUGAUAUCUCCGCACUUCAACUUCAAGGCCUAACCAUACGGGCUCGCAAAGCGGAGUCUGGCGUAAGUGAGUCUACGCCUAUUUCCAAAGAUGGACCGUUCAUAUAUAAUCCAUUCGAGGCCAAGAAACGCGCAAAAGCGGAGGCUGUUGCCAGACGUGCUGUGACAUGGGUACGCGGUGAACCCGCACAAGUAGGGGUUCGUCUCCUCAACCAAAUUUGCGCGGAUUUGGUCGUUGACGUUAUUGCUGUGAUUUUGGUUUCUGCCCCCUCUACUCGAGACGGCGAGAUGGAAAAGUCUACAGUUGAGUGUUCCCUAGAUAGCGUUGAGGGUAGCAGUAGCACGCAGGACCCUAGCAACGAAAGUGCAGCCCACAGACGGCGGGUCCGAACUGCUUUAAGGAAAACAAGCAAAAUUGCAAAGAGUGUCCAAGAGUCUUUUGUUCUGCCGUCCAAAGGCUCGCAGUCUGGAAAUUUGAAGAAGAUCACUGUUAUUCCAAAGCGCUCCGGACCUCUACACGUCGACGGGCUCCUUAUACGUCUUUUCAAGGGAGCACUUGUGGUCUUGCGGAAAGAAAGAGACCAGGAGGCGCCUCCAGUGAACGUUGUUGCUAGCCUCCCGCAAAUACGAUUGAGUAGCUACAGCGUAGACGGAGGAACAUUGCAAAACAUUUCGAGUCAGGCCCCUCUUACUGUUUAUCGGGGGGAGCGCAGGCGUUUCCGCAUGGAUAUUGAAAAGACUGGGAACGAACCGAUCACAUGGAUGCGAGUCAAAGUGCUUUCAAGCGACCCGGAAGCAUUAGAAAUAUCCGGGAAUGAUUUCGAGUCCGAAGGCAUAUUAGACGGGCUCGAGAGUCAAGGGGCGUCCAAAUCUUUUUCAGUACAAGUGCUAGGUAAACGAGGGUCGCUCAAGGCCAAGGGAUCUUUCCCUUACGAUGAGGGAAGCUCGAGCUCAAGAUCGGCUGUUGUCUCAGUGAAUGUCGAGUAUGAAGGUUCGGAAUCGUCAGGAAUGGUUCGAGAAUCUAAAGCAUACGUGAAGAUGGCGGUACUCACAGCAAUAGAAGUUCACAGAAUUAAUGUAUGCAACUACAGACGUGAUUGCAGUGAACUCCGAGCAAAUGGACCGCCCGAGCUGUCAAUGUACGUGGAGGUAAGGAAUUACGUUUCUGCGCCGGCCACUGUGAGUUUAGCGCCAUUUGAUCGAUUGUGCCCCCAAAGCAGUGGAAGCCCCUCAAGACGUGGGAAGGGAAUGGGGACUUUCGCCGAUCAAGAAUGCCUCGUCGAAGAUGGAGCAUCAGCGCGACUAAUAUGUAACUUAGCAGUGGAGAGCAUCAAACCUUUGUUGGUGAAACUCCGAGGCUCAAGGCCCUCAGAGUCCGCAGAGAGAACACCCUUUUGUAUUCGAUGGAAUUAUUCGGCUCUUGGCCGGCACGGUUUUGUGACUAUAGAUAUGAAAGAAUUGUCAGAAGCAGUCGCACGCUGUGGCACCCACGGUUUGAACCAGCAUGGUCCUGUUGCAGAUUUACCGAGUUGUAUUCCCUGCGUAGCUCAAACUGAAAUUGCCAUUAGCGUGGAAAGUCAUUCCAAUGAGGCUCUCACAGCAAAUACUCACGCUCGCGGAAGCGCGGUUCCUGGAAAGGCUUUUUGCCAAACGAAAAUUCACGUUUGGAACAAAGGUGACACAAAGUUGCCACUUCAGUCCGUGUUGGACAUUGGUGUUGUGCAAAACGAUGGUCACGGGGAUGUCCAGGAGGCAAGUAGGGUAAUCGUGGUGGGAGCCACCGAAAGAGUAUUUAUUGGCGCAUUGGCAUCCCGAUCAGGAAGUUUUGAACACACACUUCGAGUACGAGUGCCUUCCAUUGGAACAUAUCAGAUCCGGGCGAUUCUUUAUGACGAUGCCUUACAGAAGCGAGGAGGGAAGAGUCCCAUUUCCUUUUUCACAAGUAAACGCCAAGACUUUCUUGUAAUGCCAGGGAAGACCACACGCACUGAGUCGCAUUUGUCGAAAACAGCGUCACUAGGCAUCGUCUUGGCGUCAGAUAAUAAUACAGCUACGCGGGACCCGCUGUCUCAAAUGUCACGAAACAACGAAACAGGCCCAAGUGGACGAGAUUUGAACCCAUCAGGUUCUUUUUCUCGCAGCCCAAAGAAUUCAAGCGGUUUGAAAAAAGUGGCGCCCUCAAGAUCAGCACUCACAGCUGAAGGGAAGAUUGCACCCAUCAUCAUUCAGCCAAAAACGGUUGAUACCUAUCCUACGAUUUCCCCGCAGCGCCGGCCCUUUGUCUUGGGAUUCUGUUCUAUGUCUUUAACAGGUGUGCAAGAAACAUCUGCGAUCGGCCGAAACGAGGAUUUCGUCUCUUCGCCGUUAUAG